AUGGCGUUGGCCGCCGCCGCGUCGUCGGUCGGCGUCGCCUCCGUCGCUCUGCUCUUGAUCCUCGUCGCCAAUACCUCGGCUUCGGAUGCUAGUUUGGAAGGGAGGCGCGCCUUGCCAGGUCGCGAGAUUCACCUUGAGCCAAUUGUCACUGCAGAAAAUGCACUGGUGCCGGUGGGCUCAUCGCCAUGGAGGAGAUCGGCGGAGGAGACACCACCGUCGCCGGCGAACAACUCGCUCGUGCUGGCGGCGAAGAGGACCCGCCGGAACGACCCCAGCGCGAACAACACAGUGUACGGCGGCGGGUGGAACAUCAGCGAGAUGCAUUACUGGCAGUCCGUGGGCUACACCGGCGUCCCGCUCUUCUUUCUCGCCCUCGUCUGGUUCGUCGGCUUCGGGGUCGUCAUGCUCGUCAUCUCCUGCUGCUGGUGCUGCUGCUGCUUCUGCCGGGACCGGAGCGACGACUAUUCGCCCGCCUCCUUCAACGCCUCCCUCGUCCUCCUCGUCAUCCUCACCAUCGCCACCAUCGUGGGGUGUCUGCUGCUGAACAUCGGGCAGAUGGCGUUCCACACCAGCACGAUCGACACGGUGGACUACGUGGUGGGGCAGGGCAACCUGACGGUGGACAACCUGAGGAACUUCGCGGGGAGCCUGGCCGCCGCCAAGAACAUCGGGGUGGACCAGAUCUUCCUCCCUGUCGAGGUCCAGCGCAAGAUCGACGUCGUCGAGGAGAAGCUCAACUCCUCCGCCAACGAGUUCUCGGCCCGCAUCGUGCUCAACUCCGACAAGAUCAAGAACGUGGUAGACCUGAUGCAGGUAGCCCUGAUGGAUGUUGGAAGUAUCAUGCUUGUCCUUGCCAUACUCGGACUCAUAUUCUCCGUGUUGGGGCUGCAGUGUUUUGUCUCCCUGCUGGUGAUCGCCGGAUGGGUACUCGUCACCUUCACCCUCAUGAUGGCCGGCGGCUUCGUCCUCCUGCACAACGUGGUGGGGGACACGUGCGUCGCCAUGGACGAGUGGGUGACGCACCCACAGGACCACACGGCGCUGGACGACAUCCUCCCCUGCGUGGACGUGGGGACGGCGAACGAGUCCAUGCACCGGAGCGAGGAGGUGACGGCGCAGCUGGUGGCGCUCGUCAACAACGUCAUCGUCAACAUCUCCAACCGGGACUUCCCGCCGGGGCUGCAGCCGCUCUACUUCAACCAGUCGGGGCCCAAGAUGCCGGUGCUCUGCAACCCCGUCAAGCCGGACAUGAGCCCCCGCGAGUGCGCCUCCGGCGAGGUCGACUUCAAGACGGCGCCGGGGGAGUGGAAGCGGUUCCAGUGCCAGGCCAAGGGCCCCGUCGGGAAGGAGGUGUGCACGACGGUGGGGCGGGUCACGCCGGCGGCCUACAACCAGAUGACGGCGGCGGCGAGCAUCAGCAUGGGGCUGUACGAGUACGGGCCGUUCCUGAUGAACCUCCAGGACUGCACCUUCGUCCGGGAGACCUUCACCUCCAUCAGCGUCAACAACUGCCCCGGCCUCCGGUAUUUCAGCAAGACCGUCUACCACGGCCUCAUCCUCGUAUCCGCCUCCGUCAUGGUCUCCAUCGUCUGCUGGAUGGUGCACACCAGGCAGCGCAGCCUUCGCGGCAAGCAGGAGUGA